GCCCCGAGCAGAGGAAAUGAUUUUUCCUAUGAAAUGAGUCUCGAUCUGGUGUCCGUGUUGAGCCUGAAGCAGGAGGGAAGUGGGCAGUCUUGGGUUCCCGUGGGCUAGGAAGGGAAGAGGGGAAAUUGUGGUGUGUAGUUUGGUGGUUCCGUGGCUCAGACGGUUUCGGGGGUUCCUUCAUUGUGCCAGCCUCGUGUGAACCACUGGGUUUGGACGCAGAGGUGCAUCUUCAGCUGGCCAGAGAGGAGCGGCAGGGGUGCAGCUCUGUUGGGCCACAGUAGUGGGCAGCGAGCUCCUGCUGGUGAGGAAAUCUCGGUCCCCGGCAGCCGCCGCUGCCCCUUUGAUGUUUUGGUACGCCGUGCGCAUGCGCUCCACAUUAGAAUUACUGCACUGGGCAGACUAAGUUGGAUCUCCUCUCUUCAGUGAAUCCCUCAAUCCCACCAAAAACUAAAGGGAUGUGGAGAGUCCGGAAAAGGGGCUACUUUGGGAUUUGGUCAUUUCCCUUAAUAAUCGCCGCUGUCUGUGCUCAGAGUGUCAAUGACCCUAGUAAUAUGUCGCUGGUUAAAGAGACGGUGGACAGACUGUUGAAAGGCUAUGACAUUCGUCUGAGACCAGAUUUCGGAGGUCCCCCUGUGGCAGUAGGAAUGAACAUUGAUAUCGCCAGCAUCGAUAUGGUUUCUGAAGUCAAUAUGGACUACACCUUAACCAUGUAUUUCCAGCAAGCCUGGAGAGAUAAGAGGCUGUCCUACAAUGUAAUCCCUUUAAACUUGACUUUGGACAAUCGAGUGGCAGACCAGCUCUGGGUGCCUGACACCUACUUCCUGAAUGAUAAGAAGUCAUUUGUACAUGGAGUGACUGUCAAAAACCGUAUGAUUCGACUGCAUCCAGAUGGUACUGUCCUGUAUGGCCUCAGAAUCACAACUACAGCUGCCUGCAUGAUGGACCUAAGGCGGUAUCCACUGGAUGAACAAAACUGCACGUUGGAGAUCGAAAGCUAUGGCUAUACAACUGAUGACAUUGAGUUUUACUGGCGUGGCGAUGACAAUGCAGUCACGGGAGUGACAAAGAUUGAGCUUCCUCAGUUCUCCAUUGUAGAUUAUAAACUCAUCACCAAGAAAGUUGUUUUCUCCACAGGUUCUUAUCCCAGAUUGUCCCUAAGCUUUAAGCUGAAAAGAAACAUUGGCUACUUCAUCCUGCAGACAUACAUGCCGUCCAUUCUGAUUACCAUCCUCUCCUGGGUCUCCUUUUGGAUUAACUAUGAUGCUUCUGCUGCACGGGUUGCAUUAGGAAUUACAACUGUCCUGACGAUGACCACAAUCAACACCCAUCUCCGGGAGACUCUCCCUAAAAUUCCCUAUGUAAAAGCCAUUGACAUGUACCUAAUGGGGUGCUUUGUCUUCGUCUUUAUGGCCCUUCUGGAAUACGCUUUGGUCAACUACAUCUUCUUUGGGAGAGGACCCCAGCGCCAAAAGAAAGCAGCUGAGAAAGCUGCUAAUGCCAACAACGAGAAGAUGCGCCUGGAUGUCAACAAGGUUUUUUAUAAAGAUAUUAAACAAAAUAGGACCCAGUAUCAAUCCUUGUGGGACCCUACUAGAUGGACUACCUACUACCAUUUCUCUCUGUAUAUGAUGGACCCACACGAAAACAUCUUACUCAGCACACUUGAGAUAAAAAAUGAGAUGGCCACAUCAGAAGCGGUAAUGGGACUUGGAGACCCCAGGAGCACAAUGCUUGCCUAUGAUGCCUCCAGCAUCCAGUAUCGGAAAGCUGGCCUGCCUAGGCAUAGUUUUGGCCGCAACGCCCUGGAACGACAUGUGGCACAAAAGAAAAGUCGCCUGAGGAGACGUGCCUCCCAACUGAAAAUCACCAUCCCCGACUUGACUGAUGUGAACGCCAUUGAUCGGUGGUCCCGCAUUUUCUUCCCUGUGGUGUUUUCCUUCUUCAACAUCGUCUAUUGGCUUUACUAUGUGAACUAAACUACAGCCUCCCAUGAGAAGCAAGGACUAGAUUCCUCUUCAAACAGUUGUAUAGCUUGAUGCCUGAUGUAGGACUUGGAAAACACAACAAUCCAGGACAAAAGUGAUGUUAAAAUACCUUAGUUGCUGGCCUAUCCUGUGGUCCAUUUCAUAACAUUUGGGUUGCUUCUACUAAGUAAUGACUACACUAAGGUCCUCGUGGUUUUCCAGUUACAAUGCAAGUGAUUUGUAUACAUGCCGCCAAGAUCUUUGUCAGUUUUAGGACACAGCCUACUCAGAGGGUUAAUUACCUAGAUUCUAGAAGACACUGGAAAGCUCAAUGGCAUGGGCAGUCAAUUCUCUGAAACAGUCAUUUCCAAAUGCUCUCCAUCGUUGUUCCUAAGAUUGGCACGCAGUUGGGACAGCACUGUGCUUAUAAAACAUUAUCCGCAAUAAUGCAAACAUGCUACUUCAAUAUGGGCUUUGAGGUCUAAGCCAGAUGAUGAUGAUGAUGGUGAUGAUGAUAAUGGUGGUGGUGGUGGUGGUGAUGAUGAUGACGAUGAUGAUGAUGACAUCAUAGAGUGGUGAUUCUCAAAGGUCUCAUACAUUUGUAUGCAUUUUGAGCACAAUCAAAAUAGGGAGGUGGGACAAAGCUUCAAAGAAGAGACUCGGGAAUCCAAUUGGUCUGGCCUACAGCGAAGCAGCUGGCAUAUUUUUCAAGCGGGUCUUAGAGAACGGAAGACUUCUGAGCAGACCGUGUGCAGCGGCCAAAGGUUACGCUUUGCCAAAAAGCUGUUUCCUAGGUGGUUAAAAUAAAAGCUAGCAGCACAGAGCAGGGUCAAAAGUCCAGAAAGGACCAUGGUUAAGAGAGAGUAAAACAACCAAGUGUGACCCUUAUCAUUGCAACACAGCAUCUGGUCUGACACACAGCCCUGAGCAGCAAAGCGUAGAAUGGGACGGAUUGAUGUGCCCAUGUCGUGAGCUUAGCACAUUUAAGGAGAAUUUUUAAAAAUCAUUUAUCUCAUCAAAAAAGUAGCUAUCAAAUAGAAAAGUGGAGGGAAUUAGAAGUCUCUUGAUCGCUUAUAUUGAGAAUCAUUCUAACAGACAAAUACAGAGCAGAGAUGAGCAGGUCAUUUUUCCUCAGUGUCAGUUGCCCUUACAUUGUCUUCCUACAGGUUUAUUUCGGACUCGAAUACGGUAUUUUUACAAAGAGAAUUUGCUCUUUGCCCUAAAGGAUUAGUCGCCCUCUUCAGAUUUUCUUGCUUUCAGUAUAUCUCAUUUUACACUUAGGAGACAGCCCGGGUGAGACUUUGCUGAGACCUUGUGAACUGGGUUUUCUUUUGUGUUCUCCAAGGCUUGCGUUAUGGAGUCUGGGAGUCUGUGGGGUUGGAUCAUUUAAAGGGCGCUUACAUCGUGUAUAUUGCAAUCUACUUAAUCAAGCAAACCACGAAAAACAGUGGACACUGGGAUUAGAAGAAAACCGUGGUGAGUGAGUGUUGCACUCCCAGCUCAUGGUACAGAAGCGUAGAUAACCGGCAAGCAGCCUGGUAUGAGGGAUUGUUUUUAUACUGCUUCUCAAAUUGUGUCAUUGUGCAUCUUUCUAUAUUGGGCCUACAGAUUCUUUACAGAAAAGACAACAGGGUAAUAUAUUUUAUUUUUUGUCAAUGGGAAUGGGGUGCUUAUUUGCCCUUUACCUAUAGAAAAUACUAAAUUACUAUGUUUUCUAUACAUUUGACUCUGAUUGACCUUAACCUCAGAGGAUGACUUUGCUACUUCUAUUUUUUAAAAACAAUCAAAAAUAUAUAUCUGACUUCAGAGUAGGGUCCCCAGCUAAGUGUAUAGGAGUCAAGGCUAGUAUCAUUUACAGAUGAAUCUUUCCAUCAUGGCUCAAAAACCUAGGAGAGUAAGCAUUACUGUGUGCUUCUAUUCUGAUAAUUAAAGAGAAAACAAGAAAAAGAAAUGAAAGUUCAUCAUUAAUUUUCUAAAUUUUAACAAAGA